CUUUAGUCUCCGAAAAAAACAACUAGAGCCGUGUAUCGAGCUUCGAGUCCCCUUGAUAGGAAGCUAAGCCAUGCUCAUGCAGCCUUAUUCUCUUGGUAGUGGCUUAUAAAUGUCUACAGCUAUAUAACAGCAUUUCUUGAUUCUGAAAGUUGUUGUUGUUUUUUUUGCUUCGUGAAAUAUACAUUCACUUCCAGGAGAGUUACAGCUAUUUAAGGUUAUCACCUGAAUAAGAUUUGUGUCUAUGAGUCAAAGGAUAGAACGCUAGACGCAUUAAAAGAAUAAAUAACACUACACAGUAUUAGACAUUAUUUGGUCAGAUGUCUCCGAUUUCAAAUGGCAUUCUCGUGUUUUAAAACAAGAAGCAAAUCACCAUCGAAGAAUCAAGUAAGCCCAGAGCCGAUAGGAAAGAAUAGGCCUAUCAUUAAUACAGGCGAUGGUAAGAAGUUGGACACAUUUUGUCUCAACUAUCCAGGGUUUGGUUAUAAGAUCACGACACACAAGGGAUACUUCCUGGAGAGAGAUGGCUCGGAACAAGUGAUUGAUACAGAAAAACUAGCCUCGUUAUGGAAUCUUCCAUCCAAUUCAAAGCUGAUGGCCUAUCUGAUUGGAUCCAUAGAGAAGGACGUCCACCACAAGACUUCCUAUGACAUCCGGGAAUUUAUCGCCCAUUUAGCCAAGUUUUUAGUUCGAAACAAUUCUUGGCUGUUAGCUGUGGGAGAAAAUGCUUCAUUCUUCAAAUGUUUGGGUCAUAUCUUGAAAAACACAAUGUUUGAGACAUCAGACACCAAGCCAGCCAUCGUCGGUGUGUCUCAAAAACCAGAUUUAAGUAGAUCACUCAGAACGAAAAACAGCCUGAGAUGGUACAAUGUAAGCAAAGAGGAAAUGGAAGAUUUAGACCAGAAUAUCAACCAUUACAUUUUCACUUCUGAUAUGAACGUUAGUGUUCAACAGUCUGAGACAAACACUACGACAGAUAACCAGAACCAGAAAAACAACGAAAAGGAAAAGAAGAACGAAAAGGCUAAAAAUACUUUUGAAUGUAUUUUUCUUUGCAACGGAACUUCAGAUUCUAUGCUGGACAUUGAGUUCAGUUUGAAAAAACAAAGGGCUAUCAUAAUACUUAAGCGAUCUGGAGGCGUAGCUGACAUUCUAUCAGACAUCAUUGAAAUACAGCAAAGAGAAGGGGAGUCCAACAUGGAGCACACUAAAAAUGUGGCUGCAAACAAGAUUUUGGAACUAAAACGAUUAAGUUCAAGCAGUGAUUUGGAUCAAGGCAAAAUAGUUGAAAUCAUUACAAUUAUUCUGAAACAAAUUGGCAAACAGGUACAAAUAUUGGACAUCAGUAAGAAACUAGAGGAAAAAAACAUAACAGAAGUUAUAUUCAAGGCUGUUGACGGGGCUGAAAGAGAGGCUAAACGCUUGAAUACAGACAGCUACAUAAUGCUGUGUUUACAUCUAGACCAACUUGAGAUCGCUGCUGAGAUUGGUGGUCUGUGGCAGGUGGUCGAGAACAAUAAUAAAGCAUUGUGUAAAGAGAUACUACAGACUGCUCUGUCAUUAAGACGUUACUCCUUUGUUCGCUACCUGCUAGAGCAGGGCCUUAAUCCAAACGAUUACAUUGAUGCAACAGAUGUCUCGCCUACAUUACAAUUGAUGAUAAAUCAAGAAAUGUCCAGAAAUGACAAUGAGAUUAGAGACGUCAAGAUGACACCGAAACAGAAAAGAACCGCGCUGCUAAUUAAAGAAUUUUGUGCCGAGGCUACGGAUAGGAAGAAAAUAGUAGCUGAUGACGUCAUGGGCGAAACUGAAGCUGCCAAAACAGCCACUUUGUUCAAACUUUCUAUAGUGGAAGAAAGAAUGGAGUUGGCAAAUAUCAUCUGGCAAAAAUUGGAUUCUCCUACAGGAGCUGCCCUCUAUGGCUACAAAAUACUAAAGGAGCUUCAUGAUUUGGAGCCACACAUUGAACAGCAGUUACAAAUCAAAGAAUGGAUGAAACACUUUCAAAACUACGCCAUAGAAACCAUAAACAGAACCUACAAUAAGCAGCCUGGCGAGGCAAUCAAAUUGCUGGGGCAGAAGAUGGAGAACUGGGGUAACACCACUUGCCUCAUGUUGGCGCUGACUGGGGGCAACAAGACGUUUUUGUCACAGCUAGCCUGCCGAGAGUUUAACAGCAGGAUCUGGUACUUUGGAAGUCUUGUGGGAACUAAAGAAGUCAGUCUGAACCAUGAAAGUGAGACGGACAAUAUUUCUGAAGGUUUCUCUGAAUCUAAAUGCUGUACUUUGAGGGAAGACAUCAAAGAUUCUAUGCGAUAUUUCUUUGCGCCAUCAGUGUUAUGCUAUUUUCGAUUCUUGAGUCACGUGGCAUUUUUAAUUCUUUUCGCCAUCAUCCUGAUAUCUAUACUGCGCGUGGAAUCAUUUCAUUGGCUAGAAUGGUUGCUAUGGGCCUGGGUCGGAACCUAUCUCUUCGAACAAAUCAACCAGAUUGCAAGGAAUCCAAUCAAGUUAUUCCCCUUGUACCCACUGAGUCAAUUUUUCCUACUGGAAUUUGGUUCAAUUCUUCUGUUUGCCGUUGCCUGGGGUCUACGACUGGUAGCCUAUUUUUUUCCCGAGAAUCCAGACUACAUGACCUGGGCUCGAGUCUUGCUGAGUAUCGACUUCAUCACAUUCUCAGUUUCUACUCUAGAGGUCUGCUGUAUACACAGUUUCUUUGGACCUAUACUCCUCAUGAUUAUGAAGAUGUUCAAAACCCUUGCGGCAUUUCUUCUCAUUGUGGCGAUAUUUUUUAUCGCUUACGCCAUUGCCUCUGAGUCAGUUCUUUAUCCAGAGUCUCGUAUCAGCCCACUGUUGGUAUUCCAUCUGUUGAAGAAAGCUUUCUGGGUUUUAUUUGGAGAGUUCUUCUUGAGCGAAUUAGAAAAUGGUCAAAGUUGUACAAGAGACCCUGCCCUAUAUAACACCUACAGUGAACUGAGGUGCCCAACUACUGCUGGUUCCUAUUAUGUGCCUCCCUUGAUGGGUGCCUACUAUGUCAUUGUGAAUAUAAUGUUGUUUAACUUACUGAUUGCUCUAUUUAGUUCGACAAUUGAGAAAGUCAGUCAACAGGCUCUGGAGGUCUGGCACCAUCAGUCUCUGCAGAUGACACUCAAGUACGCUAAAGUUAUUGUACUACCACCACCAUUUACGAUCUUUACACCGUUCUUGUGGAUAUGUAGGUCUAGCGAUGUAGACCAGCCAUUUAGCAAAGAGAUAACGAAACAAAACUUAGUCAACUUAAAGAAAAUAGAAGUGGACGAACAACGAAAUUUCAUUCAGUAUAUGGACGUGAAGGGAAGUUUACCGGUCUGCAAGUGCAAUUUCAUCUGCCAGCAUAAAGAUUCUGAUAAAAAGGAUCAAACAAAAAUCUACAUUAAAGACAUGGCUAGUCAGACAGACUCUUAUGAAUAUGAAUGGAAGCGUAUGUAUGGCGAUGUACUGGUCUCAGAGGUCCCCAAACGAGCAGAAAGCAUCUUGAGAGCUAAAGAAAAGUCGAAGGAAGACAAAAAAUAUUUUGCUAUGCGUUCUAGAAACAGGAGCGGCAUUCAGUGGAAGCUGGUUGGCAUCAAGAAAGUGAAAAAGACUCGAAAGGGAGGUAAUACAGUUCCAUCCGCUGUUCUCCCUGAGAUCGAGUAUCUGGACUAGACUAGACACAAUGAUCUUCAACAAUGCUGGGAAAUAUUCAAACUAGUAAAAAACUGUACUUUUAUUUAACGAAAACAAAGAAUGCAACCAGAACUAUAAUAGACUUUAGUUAUUCCAUAAGUUUAUAGCGUGACAACGUAAUCUGUUGUUGAGGAGGAGAUAAAUAUAACCAAUCAUUUUAUUUUUUUAAUUUCAUGAGUUAUUUCCCUUACAAUAUGUUAUGGGAGUUAAAACAUCUUAGAUAACGUUUUAACAGAUUGCAUAUUAAAUAAUACUGCCUUAUAUGCAUGGCCGAAUUGAAGAAAGUCUUAAUCUUAUCUCUUGCUAGAACUAACGUAAAUGAAGCUGACUCAGUUAAUGUACGCUACUUGGUAUUUGAUAUCACAUUUAAUUGAGUAUUGUGUACUGAAUGUUGUAUUAUCCAUUAAAAACUAACCCGCUUCUACGAAGUGCCAUUGUUCUAUGUAUAAUGAAAGUUGAUUGUGAAGUGUUCUGCUAUUUCUAGUUAUGUUGAUGCUAGUAUAUUGCAUCGCGUAAAUUGGAUUUUAGACAAAUAUCGAGCUGCGAAACAUAUUGGAGUGAGACCUUUUUUUAAAUCAAAUAACUAAUACAUAAAUUACACUGAAUGGAAGAAGUUCGAGGUCACUUCCAUCCUCCGUAAUUUAAAAACACUAAAUGGACACAGUGCGAUGUCGUCUAAGUCCUGUCAAAUAUUUACAUAUCACUGAAUGGAAAGAGUUCGGUUUUGCCUAAGUCCUGUACUUAAAAAACACUGCAUGGAAACAAUCUGAUGUGGCCUAAGUCCUGUCAAAUAUUUACAUAUCACUAAAUGGAAACACUUUUAACAUUCCGAUGUAGCCUAAGUCUUAUACUUAAAAAAACACUGAAUGGAAACUGUCCGAGGUCUUCUAAGUCCUGCCAGAUAUGUAAAUAACACUGAAUGGAAACAGUCUGAUGUAGCCAAAGUCCUAUCCAACCUAUUGAAUCACUACACAAAAUACAACAAUGUUUCCAUAUAGUGAAUACUGUUACUGACCAUGACAUUGACAUGUAAUUGAAUUUACAAAAUUAUUUUUAUAUGCAUUAAACUUCGUAUUCUGACCAUUUCACAACCCGUUUUCUUAAUUAAUUUAAUUAUCAAAUGUAGUUAUUGUUGCAUCUUGCUAAAAAUGAUUUUUAUUCUAUUUUGUAGUUAAUAAAUUUGUAUUUAUUUG